AUGGUGUCUGCUUUGGCUGAGGACUACUACUGUAUUGCGGGCUAUGUGGGCUGGUGUGAUUUGUCCGACCCCAGUCUCCCCGAUCAUUUGCAACGACUCAACACCGAUCCGCUGCUAGUCGGGUUGCGCUAUGAUGUGUCUGACAUUGAUGGAGACUACCUGCUAGAUUCCAUGGUAAGCUCCCCAUAA